AUGGAGGAGCUUGACCGCAUUGAGCGGGCAAUGGAAGAGAACAUGGGGUGGGGCACCAAAGCGCUACGGAGCGAGUGCAGGCGACUGAAAGCUACGCCCACGGCCCAAAAUAAGGCCAACUACCUGGUUGCUUUACGCGCCAGCCUCGUUGUGGCAGGCACGAUCGAGGAUACGGGCGUCGUGCAGGACCCCUUCCUCGGAGCCGAUGUUCUGCGGAAGGCAGUUGUGGAGUAG